GCAUUACAGAACGCUGUCGCCCGUAUGUCACUCUACUUAUUUCUGACACUCGUCAGGGCCAUGCGCAGUCUUCACGCCCAAGAAUAAUCUGAAGUUUUAUAUGAAUUUUUUUUUCUCCUUUACAAUCAUACAACAGUAAUAUUUUGUUUGCCUUGUGUCAGUCGUGAUUCACACAAGUGAAUUUUGUCUGAUUUGUUUGAAACCCAUUAACAGUAUUGGAGCAUGAUCAUAGAUUUGGUUUACAUAGAAAACUACUAAUCAUCGACACGACACUCACUUUUCCAACAGCGAUACGAAUGGGUUAUGUUAUUGUAUAACACGAAUGGUGAGAAAUUAUUACGAUCAAAAUGGGUCAGACCUUAGAAGAUGCGCUGAUCGCAGCUCGAAGAGCCGUGCAAUUUGACAGCAGUCAGCAGUACAAACAAGCCCUGUACUAUUAUGACUUGGCAACGAAAAGACUCGCCACCCUACCCCAUGACGCAAAGCUAACAUCAAAACUCACUGAAUACCAGGAUAGAAUAUCGACAUUAAAAACACUACUCGCUGAUCAAGACAGGAGAUUGCAUUCAAAUGUUGGAACGAAUCAAGCAGAUCUGCAAAGGUGUAACUUCCUAUUUAGCCAAGCACUGGAUGCUGACGAAGCCGGCUGUAAAGAUAUUGCCAUUAAGUUGUAUACAGACGCAGUUGAACUCGGACUAAGUGCUAACCCUGCUGACCCGGAGCGAAAACAAAAAUUGACGAACCUUGCUCGGCUUGCCCUUGACAGAGCGGAAGCAUUGAAAGGAAAAACUGCACCGACAUCUUCGCCUAUUAAAAAUUCAACAGAUGCUUUGCCCAAGUUACCUACCGUUCCCGAAACAAGCCCCAGUCCAACCAUUUCAGUCAAAGCCACACCGUCAACUUCUGACAAACCACAGAGGCCACCUCUUCACCGAGGCAGUAGCGCGCACCUCACGGUUACCGGAGGAAGCAGUACUUAUACAGAAGAAGAAAAGAGAGUGCUGUUGCAUACAUCACACAUAAAUAACAAUAAAUUUGUGCCUUUCAUGAGCGUCGAUCUGAGCGAAAAAUUCCAGUAUGCUAUUCCAUUCACAGACAAAGAUGGACUGCUUGAACUUGAUCCAAAACAAAAACCAGAUUUUUCACGAUGGGCUCGACCCGACGAGCUCUUCCCUGAGCCCAAGAUGGUUGCGGGACCACAUGUUGAUUAUUUUAGUAUAAAACAAACUGUAGUUUCUGAUUGCUCUUUUGUAGCAUCAUUGGCUGUGAGUGCUCAGUAUGAAAAAAAGUUUCGGAAAAGGCUUGUUACAUCUAUUAUUUAUCCCCAGAAUCGAAGCAAGGAACCUAUAUACAAUCCUUUUGGUAAAUAUAUGGUGAAACUACACAUAAAUGGCAUACCGCGUAAAGUUAUAAUAGAUGAUCAGCUACCAGUGAGUCGAUACAAUCAGCUGCUUUGUUCGUAUUCCAACAAUCGUGGAGAACUGUGGAUAUCGUUACUAGAAAAAGCUUACAUGAAAGUAAUGGGUGGAUAUGACUUUCCUGGAUCAAACAGCAAUAUUGAUUUACAUGCCUUAACUGGUUGGAUACCAGAACGAUGGGCCAUUAGACCUAAUGACCCAGAUUUCAACAGGGAUCGUCUCUUUGACACAUUGCUUGUUAGAAUGCGCCAAGGAGAUGUACUCGUCACUGUUGCGACUGGUGAAUUGUCAGAUGUUGAUGCUGAGAGAACUGGUCUGGUACCAACUCAUGCAUACGCAGUUUUAGACGUAAAAAACGUAGAGGGGGUGCGGCUUCUUCAGUUAAAGAAUCCUUGGUCCCACUUGCGUUGGCGUGGCAAUUACUCAGAGCUCGACACGAAGCAUUGGACGACACAGCUGAGGCAGGCUUUGGACUACGACCCUGAUUCAGCCUCCGAAUUUGACAAUGGAAUAUUUUGGAUUGAUUACGACAGUAUUUGCAGAUUUUUUGACGUCUUCUACCUAAACUGGAACCCAGGGUUAUUCAAAUUCACGUAUUGCAUUCAUCAAAUGUGGACAGCAGGCAUAGGGCCAACCAAAGACGCUUAUAACAUUGGAGACAAUCCUCAGUUUAGCCUCGAAGUAACUCCCGGAGCUACCGGAGCCAUAUGGAUCCUGCUUACAAGACAUAUUACAGACAUAGCCGACUUCCGACAAAACCAGGAAUACAUUACAGUUCUGGUGUACCGAAACGAUGGCAAACGAGUGUUUUACCCGCAUGAUCCUCCGCCUUAUAUUGACGGCAUCCGAAUAAACAGCCCCCACUACCUGUGCAAAUUAAAACUGGGACCAAGUAGCGAGUCACGUUACACUCUAGUCAUAUCCCAAUACGAGAAAACCAAUACUAUUUAUUACACCUUGCGGAGUUACGGAACGUGUCCAUUCACACUUCGCAAGAUCGCCGAGCCGUACAAGUUCGAAAAAGAGAUAACAGAUGGCCAGUGGUCUGGUAUCAAUGCAGGUGGAUGCGGUAAUCACCCUGCAACGUACCAAAACAAUCCACGUUAUCAAUUGUUGUUGCAAAGUUCCAAUAACAACAAUAACUUGCGCAUAAUACUGAAAGGGCCUAAGCAGUAUCAAAUUGGCUUUGAGAUUAUCACGGUUAUUUUAAAUGACCCCGAAUGUCCAACUGCGUUCAGAUCAAAAAGCUCCGGAAGCUUUAGAUCUGGUUUCGUUGUCUUGGAAUUGGAAGACGUGCCUGCAGGUACAUACAACAUUAUUCCAUCCACAUUCCUUCCUGGUCAAGAAGGUCCGUUUUUCCUUACCUGUAAGGCCUCGUGCAAUAUUCAACUUAGUCGGAUUCAGUAAUGGAUAUUUUAUACGGUUCUUAUUGGUCAAAAUGGGUGGCCAAAAGCCUCUAGAACAGUAAAACAAUUUGCACAAAACAAGUAUUUCUAUUAACAAUACACAGAUGAAAUUCGAGAAAAAAAUUUUAUCAGUGAUCAGUGAUUUUACUAUGUAAAGUUUUUAAAAAUCAAACUUUUAUGCACAAACUGCAUAAUCAUAAUCAGCCAUGUGCCAGCGAUUACCGAAAACAAAUUUGAAUUUUUUUAAACAUCAUGUAUAUGCAAUACCGCUAUUUUUGCCCAUUGUUGUAUUUAUCACAGUUUUUUAUUAAUAAUUGUAAUAAAGCAUCUAAGUAUAUAUACUGUUUAAAAAAAGUUAUCUUUUACUUGAUUUCUUGCCCAGCG